AUGAAGCUGAGUUUAACACUCAACGGUCAACAUUUCCGAUUGUUAAUUGUCGGUGGUGGUGCCGCCGGAAUGGGUGCCAGUCACAAAUUCGCCAGGCGAUUACCGAAAAAAUCCGUGGGAGUUAUUGAGCCAAACGAGUUCCACUACUACCAACCCGGUUUUACACUAGUCGGCGGCGGAUACUUGGCGCUAAAAUCGAAUGUUCAAGAAGAAAAAGAUCUCAUCCAUCCGAAUACAGUCUGGAUCCAAGACAGCGUGGAUAAAUUCGAGCCGAAGAAGAAUUCUGUAACACUGAGAAAAGGCGAUGAGAUCACAUACGAUUACCUACUCAUUGCUACAGGAUGUCAAUUACGCUUUGACAUGAUUAAAGGAUUGCCCGAAGCUAUGCAGACACCCGGUGUGUGCUCGAAUUAUUCGCCGUUCUAUUGUGAAAAAACAUUCAAAGAGCUCAGUACUGUUACUUCCGGAAAUUGUGUUUUCACUUUCCCGAAUGCGCCGAUCAAAUGUGCUGGAGCACCUCAGAAAGUUUUGUACUACGGCGAAGAUAUCGUUAAAGAGCGUGGUUAUCGUAAAACUACUAAUUUUAUCUACGCAACGGCACUACCAAGGCUUUUUGGCGUUGAAGCAUAUUUAAAUGCUCUUAACAAAAUUGCUGCUUCGAAAAAUAUCGACGUACGAACCCACCAUAAUCUCAUAGAGGUCGAUACAACGAAUAAAAUUGCUAAAUUCGAACUACUCGACGAAGACUCGAAACCGAAUGGAAAAUACGAUGAGAUACCAUAUUCAUUGCUCCAUAUUGCACCACCAUGCACAGCACCGCCAGCAGUUCGAAAUUGUAAGGAGCUCGUCGAUGAAAAUGGUUGGGUAGACGUUGAUCAUGAAACAUUGAGGUCGAAACAUUUUGCAAAUGUCUUUGCCGCCGGCGAUUGCAUGAACACACCGAAUGCGAAGACAGCAGCAGCUGUGUCCAGUCAUCUAAAGACAGUCGAGAAGAAUUUGUCUGCUGUAAUGGAAGGAAAAGAACCGCCAGCAAAGUACGAUGGAUAUGCGUCAUGUCCGCUAAUCGUCGGCAGACGACUAGGUAUUCUUGCCGAAUUCAACUCAAAGGGACGGAUGGAGACAUUACCGAUCAACCAGAGCAUUCCCAGAUAUUACGCAUUUCUCAUGAAACGUUACCUCAUGCCGUUCCUCUAUUGGAACUUCCUCGUCAAAGGCCGUUGGAAUGGGCCUGCAACCAUUCGAAAAAUUCUACAUCUUGGUUUUGUACCCAAAUCUAGAUGA